GAUUGUAAUUUAUUUAUCUUUAAUGGUUAACGGUGCGGAAUAUCUACACUGUCAAUAUCUUCCACAUACUGCACCGUACUAACAGACAAGUAUAAAAACUACAAAGACAGAUUGAACAUACGUACAGACACUUGCGGAGGUUGAAACGGUUUUUAUACGCUAUAUUUUAAAAUAAACUUCCGCGAACGUACGUACUACACAACAUAGAGUAUCAAUAAAUGGUAGCUAUUUUUCAAUUAACAAUAAGCAGUUAUUCACCUCACGAAUCCAAGGGUAUUCUAAAGGGAUAAUGUUUACGCUAAACUGUUUCGGACGCGCACUAUAUUUGCUCUAAUACUAAUAUAAAAACAUUCAUCAACGAUACCAGAAAAUGAUACUUCAUUCCGAUUAUACAGCUGGUGUGUUAUACAACAUGUUUCCAUUGUUCCGACUUCCUCGACUCAGCGACAAUGUUACAGUUUACUAUUAAGAAUUUCGCUUCCGAUCUUUUGGAAUAAUCGAAUAAGAGAGCAAUGGCUACCCGUAAAUGUUACCGACAAGGGAUGUUGACGAUAAAUCAAAGCACAUCACAUGGUAAGUACCUAGGUAAACACGCGGUACCCUGAACACGUUAGAAUUCGUGGUGAGCCACCACUAAUUUUACGAUUAGCGGUUAUAGUGUGUUCCACCAAGUGAGGUGAAUGUCACGAGUUAAAUGUAAUUCGUAGUAUCGUCGUCCAACUUCUUACGAUCACAUGUUCAAACCAAUUUUGACAAUCAUGUAUCCCAGCCUCCGACAAUUUCGUCGUCUCCCCAGAUACAAGAAAAUUCUGAAACACUUCUACAUACGUGUAUAAUCAAAUUUCGAGACUGAUAUAAAACUGGAUAUACUUGACUGGUACUGCGGAGCAUUAUUCCCUAGAUCUAUUCAAAUUGACGUCUUUCCGCUUCGCCCACGCAUACAGCUAUCAAGAUGAUUGGUCCUAAGACCAAUCAGCAUAGAACUGUCUUUCACUGCGGGAUAGUCUCAUUGUAGGUUCAUAUUACACACUUCAUCAUAAAGUGGAGAAUCUUGCAGGUUGAUGCUGCUUACUUUAUUUCCAUGUUGGUUGUAACACGAAUCACGAUUGCGUUAUCAUACUGGAUUGGCUCUUGACAUUCCCGCCUCAAUACUUCACUUACUGUUACAAUCAGGUGCGCUGGGCUUCGCCUUUUGUUCGCUCUUUCGUAGGAUAGGAGAAAUAACGGCACCUUCCAUCAAUUAUCUAGUAAGUUCAAUUAUAGUCCUUCAAAUUUUCAAUUGUCAGCUUGGCAUGCAAACAAAGCAGCCGUGAAUUAAGAUAUGUUUAAUCGUCUCAAGGCCUUUGUUCGAUAUUAUCAGGCUUCAAACUGCAGCUGGCUUCAAGUUGUACAUAGUUGAGUGAAUUCCACUGGAAUUAUCAGUAAAAACUGAACUCAGCAUUAAACAAUCGAGUGAUAUUGUCGUCACGGUGCCGUUACGAGCAUGAGAUGAACCUAUAUACAUAAAUAGGAUUUGCCGCAUGAAUAAUUAGUGCAUUUAUAAAUUAGCUGAGAGUAUGCUGAGAUGAUAUCUGAAAUGUAAAUAAAGUAUUUCCAAUAAUAUGAAGUGAUGUUCUAUUCUUGUAAAAAUGUUUUAUACGAAUUAUGAUAAAUAUCGUACUGUAACAACGAUGAUAUAUUCGUAAGCAACAAUAUUCUAUUGUUUUAGGGAUCAUGACAUAAUCGGUGACUUAACGACGUCAAGGGCAAAUGUACCGAAGAACGGCGUUAGACCAAGUUUACUUUCGUAAAUCUGGAAUUUAGAGCACAAUAAAUGAUAUUUACAUUCAGACAGAUACGUAUGCAAUUACAUGGUUAUCAACGAUGAUUUAUUACCCUUCUAGUCUGGAGACUCGUAUAUUUUCACGCUCCAACAUGAUGAAAUGUUCACUCGGUACUUUCGCUUCUACACUUCGUCAAGCUAUCUGCAAAGGUACGUAUACCGGAAAGAUGUGCACAAACAGAAGACACCAGUUGAAUUAGUAGAAAAUGAACAUGCGAUAAGCAGUCGAUGUAUUCCAUACGUGCCACUAACUCUUCAGAGACCGAAUUAAAAUCCCGUGGAACAAAGACCUGGAAAACGGAAGAGUAGAAAGAAAGAAAAAAUAAAGAAAUAAAAAUGGGUUACGACGACGUAAUAUCACACACGGGAGAAAUUGGUCGGUACCAACGAAGAAUAUUCCUUGUCAACUUCUUACCAGCGCUAACCAGCGCCUUUCACGUAAUGGGGGGCGUUUUCCUGGGAGGCGUACCAAAAUUCAGAUGUCUGACACCCGAGGAAGACCGAGAAAAUGCAACGUACAUUCUGCAACCAGAUACGGCGAACUUUACGCAUCCGUGGGAUAAUGCGACACAAAGUUCGUCGCAGUGUGAAAGAUAUAACCGAACUAACGGAGACCUCUAUCAGCUACGGAGUAACGAUACAUUGUCAACAUCUGCUUUGGUGAAGUGUGACUCUUUUGCCUACGAUGACAGCCAAUACGAGGCAACCAUCAUAACCGAAUGGGACCUAGUAUGCAACAAUGCCUCGUUGAAAACUGUCAGCGAGUCAAUGUUCAUGAUAGGAGUGAUGAUAGGAGUUUUGACUUUCGGUGCAUUGUCUGACAGAUACGGACGCAAGCGAAUUCUCAUACGGGGUUCAGUACUGCAGUUAAUUUCGGGACUACUGGUCGCUGCUUCGCCUAAUUUCACGAUGUACGUAAUUUUCAGAAUGAUUGUAGCGACAACGAGUACCGGACUUUACCUUGUGGCUUACAUUGCUGCAAUCGAGAUGGUUUAUCGAAAGAAGAAAAUUCCAGCUGGGACAAUUAGUUUUUUCUUCGUGGGAGGUUGUCUUCUGACCGUCCUUUUAGCAUAUUACAUUAGAAAUUGGAGAAUUUUACAGCUGGCUUAUACCGCGCCUACCCUUUUAUUCCUGGCAUUUUCAUGGUCUAUCCCAGAAUCUGCGCGAUGGCUGUUAAGCAAAGGUCGAGUGGAAGAAGCGAAAAAUAUACUUCACAAGGCAUCGAUGGAAAACGGGGUGAAAUUACCGCGGGAUACAUUGGACGAACUGCUGAUAACAGGAAGUGAAGACAAGCCAAACAGUAAAAAAUCCUCAUUGCUUGAUCUUCUCAGAUACCCAAACAUCAGGAAAAGGAGUCUGAUACUCGCCAUUAUUUGGUUUCUCAACAAUUGUACGUAUUACGGUCUAUCAUGGAACACCGCGAACCUUGCAGGCAGCGUUCACGUAAAUUCUGCAAUUGCUGCAUUCGUGGAACUACCCGCAAUUGCAUUUUUAAUGUUCACCGUUGACAAGUGUCGGAGGAAGGUUGUUUUGGGCACCUGUAUGAUGCUAUCGUCCGUGUCAUUACUUUCUACAGUUUUCGUUCCUCACGACAUGGUAUGGCUAGUGACGGCUUUGGCCAUGAUAGGAAAAUUGACAAUCACAGUCUCAUAUUCAACCCUCUACAUCUUCACAUCAGAGCAGUAUCCUACAUCGGUUAGAAAUAUUGGCGUCGGAACAUGUUCGGCUACUGCUCGGUUCGGUGGAGUUGUAGCACCAUUGGUUCUCCAGUUGUCUCGAAUUUCGUCGCUUUUGCCACUCAUUACUAUGGGAUGCAGCAUAGUGCUCGCCGUGUUGCUGUUACUACUUCUUCCAGAAACAUCGAAGAAAAAGCUACCGGAAACAAUAGAAGAGGUGGAAGGGUUUGGAAGGCGUAAGAAGAAAAGUAAACAAGCCAACACCUUCUUGAACGGUGUUGAUAACACCCAGGCGUUACAGAAACCGUAAAAUUAAUAAUUUCAAAUUGUUGAAGAAAAACCGCGAGGGUGUUAAAUUAUUUAUUCAGUACGAAGCUAGUCAGAUGGCGCACGUAUGUAACCCCUUGUAGCGCGCGUACGAAAUAUAUCAAGUCAGCGGAGGGAAAGAUGCGAUGUCAAAUUGCAAACUUAACAGUCACCUUCGCAUAUUGAAGUUAUUCUAUUCAAAACGCAACUAGUUUUUUCACCCGCACUAACCAUAUUCCACAUCAGAAAUACGUGAAAUAUCCAACAGACGUAGUACAUGUAAUCAUUGCGAACAACCUUACAAUCAAGUGAACCUGUUCUAUUUUUGGUCUGAAAAUUAAAAAUUGAUGCUAAAGACUGCUUUAAAAAUAGUUGAGGUUUCGCGAGUGAUGCAGUAGAUGAAAUAUCAAAAAAAAAAAAAUUGAAUAGAGCUAAUUAGAAAAUUUCAUUCCCUACUUUCUGACAUUCCAAAAUCUCAUGUAUGACAUGUACGACAUGCCGUUCGGUUCAAAGAAGCUUAUUUUUAUUCCAAGACCCAGCUUCAGGUGAAUUCAAAAACUGAUUGUUUCGUAAUAGAUUGUGAAGCUCACGUGAAAAAUGUUUGGAUGAAUUUUCCGAAUGAUAUUCUUUGAGGAAAAUUUAGCACAAAUAAUAUUGCAUAUUGUACUUUUUUUGCAUACCUUACAUAUUCGCUCGGUAGCAAAAACGACUACUUUGACCUUCGCUGUGAUUUAGCUCUCGACAUACUCCACAGACAUGUAAACUUUUCAAUAAACAAGAAAUCCACUGUU